ACCGUAUUCACAGCAGCAGUGAAGCACAUAGCUCUGGGGAAAAGGAAUUAAAUAAAAUGGCCACUAGAGCAGAAGACACUAGCGAGGCAGUAGACACUAAAGAAGCUACCAGUCCUCAAUGGACAGUCAAACCAGAUGGAGAAAUAAAUAUAAAAGGUGGUAGCUCUGAAGACGAUCCUACUCCAGUUACUAUACUAGACACGCUCAAUGAUAUAGUGUCUCAGUAUGGAGAUAGACCAGCUCUGAAAGUGAAGAGAGGAGGGGAAUGGAAGACAUGGAAGUAUACUCAGUAUCAUGCUGAUGUACAGAGAGUGGCUAAGAGUUGUAUUGCUAUUGGAUUGGAGCCACAUUAUGGUGUCUCUAUUAUUGGGUUUAACUCACCUGAAUGGGCCAUGACUUUCAUGGGAACUAUAAUGUGAGCAAGAGGCUGUUAUCAUAGAAGGUGCUUAUUCUCAGAUCACUAACCUAACUCUGGAGCUGGAGCUGGAGAGAGCCAAGAACAGAGAACUAGAGAAUCAGAUAGCUCAGUUUAAUGAGAACCUUGAAGAGACUGUGACCCAACUUGAUGAGACUGGGAGACAACUGGAUAUUGCUACUGCUGAUUUGCAAGCUAAAGAUGAUGAGAUAUUUCAGUUGCACAGACUAAUACAAGAGAAGGACCAGACACUACUGGAGAUGACCAGCAAAGGUAAUGAGAGGCAGAGAGGAGAAUAG